AUGCAGACCGACAAGCAAGUUGCUGCGGAACGCCGCGCGUUGGCCAACGCCGUGCGGCAGCGCUACCGGGCAAUCGCGCCUCCCCAGGUCGUGGCUGCCGAAGAUCGUCUCAAGGAGAUUGAAGCUGCCAUCAUCAGCGACGCGCCGAGUCUCGACGUCGACGGCGACGUGUCGUGGGGUCUGACCGUCGUCCUCGAGCGCGUUUCGGUUGCCGACCUCAAGCGUUGGUUUCUUGAGGUGGGGGCCGCUCUGCGCCCGUGGGUGCAUGAGCCCUGCGCCGACGACCCGAGUCUUGGCCGCCUCGUGGUCUACAGCCGGUAUACCUUUUUACACGAGCACACGGCCCGAUCGGUCAUGAAGCUCCUCGAGACGCAGAUCCACGCCGUCAUGGGCUCCACGGCCGACUUGGACUUUCGCUUGCACUGUUUCGUCGACCCGUGCACAGUCGGUACCUGCUUGCAGCUCUCCACCGCCACCAUCCUGCCUCGCUCGCUUGCUGUCGGUGGCAGCGUCUUGGAUGCUGGGGAUGGCCAGCCCUUCCCGCCCUUUGUCUUUGAGGUUGCCGGCCAAAACGAGUGCCUCAGCGACAUGCGCUCCAAGCUCACUCGGUGGAUGGACGGCACGUCGGUGCAAGUGGCGCUCGGCAUCAAGAUUUUCCUCCGGGACGCCCGCUACGUGCUGAUCCUUCACGUUCGCGGCCAGCCGACGCAGGAAGUACAGUUUGGCCGGAACAAGGGCCUGCACUACGGCGCCGUCGUGUCGUUUCCCGCUGGGCUUUUGUACCACGGGAGCGCGCUGCCCGAUGCCUGGGUCGGCCGCGAACACAAGGAACUGCAGCUGGAGUUGCUCGUGCUGCGCGAAAUCAUCGCCUACAACCCCAACAACCCUCGCUACUAGCUCAAGGAGGCUGGUUGUCAUAUCGUAGGAGCAACGCCAUCAAGACCAGUAAUGUCAGUGGGA